AUGGCUGAAGCUUACAAGGGUAUCAAAGCGGAGAAAAAGCUGCUAGUCCUUAUUAACCCUCAUGGUGGCCAAGGAAAAGCCAAAUCUAUUUAUAAGAAGUACGGUGCUCCGAUAUUUGCUGCCGCCCAUUGUAAAACCACGGUGAUAACAACUACCCAUCAUUAUCACGCAGCACAAAUUGCGGAAGAACUGGAUAUUGAUAUGUAUGACGCUAUCGUAUGCUGUUCCGGUGAUGGCAUUCCACACGAGGUCAUCAAUGGAUUUGCCAAAAGAUCCGAUUCUCACAGGGCAUUAGCCGAGGUAUCUAUUUGCCAGUUUCCAUGUGGCUCGGGAAACUCAAUGGCCAUGUCAUUGAAUGGAACUGCAUCUCCAAGCAUAGCUGCUCUGAACAUUGUCAAAGGUAUGCCGAUGCCUAUCGAUUUGAUGUGCAUGACCCAGGGAAAUCAGAGAGCAGUAUCAUUCUUGAGUCAAACUUAUGGAUUAGUUGCUGAUGCUGAUUUGGGAACAGAGUCUUUGAGAUGGAUGGGUGGUACUAGAUUUGCCAUUGGUGCUCUGAUGAGAGCGUUAUCUGAGGCCACUUAUCCAUGUGAACUGCAUGUUAAGUAUGCCCAUGAGACAAAGAAGGCAGUCUCCGAACAUUUUAACCGGUCAUACCAAUCGUCAUCACAACAGAACAUUCAAGAGGGAAGCCAAUCAGAAUAUAGAGAGUCAGGAUCUCUAUUCAAAAAGUCCCUUCAGUAUGGUUCUAUCAAUGAUCCAGUACCAUCCGACUGGCAGACAUUGACAAGAAACAAGCUUGGAUUUUUCUAUGUUGGAAAGAUGCCCUGGAUGGCCAGUGAUGCUUUGGUAUUCCCAGCCAGUUUACCGAACGACGGUACUCUGGACUUGGUCACCUGGGACUCAACCAUUGGUAGACUAACUGCCAUUGACUUGUUAUUAAAAAUAGAGAAAGGUCAUCAUGUUCAUAGCAAUGACGUACAAUAUGCCAAGAUUGAAGCAUACCGCCUGAUUCCAAAAAUCCAAGAUGGGUACCUAAGCAUUGAUGGGGAGUCGUUUCCUCUCCAACCUUUUCAAGUCGAGGUUAUUAGAAACGCAGCUUGUUUGUUGUCUUCAACCGGUAGCUACGCAAACACUAAUGUGAACCUGUAG